GCGGGAGACACCACCCGUCCGGCUGGGACAGCGGUGCUGAUUGGUCAGAGGGGAGGCGGGAGGGGGGCAGACGGAGUCUCCGCCGCACAGGCGCAUUGGGGAGCGCAGCCCAGUCAAGAGGAGGAGGCGGCGGGUGGCAGCGACCGGUGGCUUCCGUUGUUGGCGCGCGCAAGAUGAGUGAAUCUCUGGUGGUUUGUGAUGUUGCUGAAGACUUGGUGGAGAAACUGAGGAAAUUCCGGUUUCGCAAAGAAACCAACAAUGCUGCCAUUAUAAUGAAAAUCGACAAGGAUAAGCAGUUGGUGGUGCUGGAUGAGGAGCAUGAGGGUAUUUCUCCUGAUGAGCUAAAAGAUGAGCUGCCUGAGAGACAACCUCGAUUUAUUGUGUAUAGUUACAAGUACCAGCAUGAUGAUGGAAGAGUUUCUUAUCCAUUGUGCUUUAUCUUCUCCAGUCCAGUUGGAUGUAAACCAGAACAGCAGAUGAUGUAUGCUGGAAGCAAGAAUAAGCUUGUACAGACAGCUGAACUCACUAAGGUAUUUGAAAUAAGGAAUACAGAAGACCUAACUGAAGAAUGGCUGCGGGAGAAACUGGGCUUCUUCCACUGAAAGCACCUCUGUAAUAAGUAUUUAUGUACCAUCCUGAUCAUACUGGAACCAGACAUGAAUACUUAGAUCUACAAAAGGCACUGUAUUUACUUCUGUCUCCUGCAGUCUCUCUCUUGUGCAGAGUUUGUGCAAAGAAUAGCAGGUCUGUCUCCUUGAAGUAACAAAUCUUUGCAGGUGUUUCCUUAUUUGUACCUGUUAAAAGGGAAUACUCCUCUGCAGGGACUCCUUUUGCACUCUUGUAACUAAUAUUUCUGUAACUAAAGUCGUUCUGGAUUUGUAACCAUCUGCAAAGGUAAUUUGGAAGCUGACGCUAACUUUUUCAGAGCUACAAAUGCAUCCUUAUGACACCUACUAGCCAUUUAUAUGCAGAAAUCAUGUACUGUCACUUUUCAGACUUCUUGACUUAAUGUCUUCUCCAUUUUUUGGAAACUACUCCCUGGAAGAAUUUAGUAUUAAAGAGACAAAAUGCAUUUAUCUUCCCAUUGAGUCCAUGUGAACUUUCUCAAAUUUCUUGGAACUAAUUUUUGUCAUUCCAUUAAUUCCUCAGUUGGAGUUAAUCUUACUACAUUUCAGGGCAAAGCUUUGACUGUCCAGUUCUCAUGCUACAGGAACUAGGUGAUAACUAAGGGCUGAGUUACAACUCUGGUGACUCUUAUACCAGAAAUCCUGCAUAUAUAACUUACUACACUGUUAGGAAGUUUACCUCUUUGCUCAUUUCCUGUUACAGAAGCACCUGUUAAUACUGUGCCUUUAAUUUGUUAGCUUUAAAGUGACUUGAGAAUUUUACACUGCCACUUAGUACAAAUUUGGUAUAAACUUUGUUAUCCAAGUAACAUUUUUUUUCCCUAGUGCCUGGUGUUGACAUCUGUUUAAAAAAAAAAAAAGCUAACCUCAUUUCCUUUGAAAAUCCAGUCAUCUGCUCCAUUUGUAGGAGUUGGGAGGUUAAAGCUUUUCAUGAUGAUGAAUGAUUUAUAUCUCUUUUGUUAUAAAAGUUGGCCACAUGUAGCUUUUGAGUACUUUAAUUACAGUCUCUUUAACUUUCUUACCUGCUUAUGGGUCAAAAUUACAUUCCAGAUAAAAGCUUUUGCAUAAGUGAUGAUUUGAAUUUUUGGUUUGUUUACUUACGGUUCAUCUCUUUGAAACAGCAAAUAUUCUAAUGUGAAAAUAGUAUUUAACUUUUAUAAGUGACCAGUCUUUUUACAGGUCUGUUUUAUAUUAAUAGAGUAGUUGUCUGAUAUGGGAUGUGCUCAGCCCAUGCAGUGGCAAAAGGAGGGCUCGUGACAGUAUCUCACUAUCUUGCUCAUGAGCGUUUGUUGUGCUCCUGAGUAAGUAUCUGCAUAAGAGCAGCUUCCUGUUGAUAACAUACCUUAAAAUACAGCUGCCCUAACAAAUCUGUUGGGUGAGGAGGAAUGCAGUGUUAAAUUUGGAGGCCAGUAUUUCAUGCUGUGAAACCUUUUGCUGAAAGGAGGCUUAUUUUUCAUUUGUAAGCGUAUGUUGUGUUAGUGUUAAAACACUAAUUCCUCUAUGACCACAAGGAAUUAAUUUGUAAAGGUCCUCAGUGUUGGUAAAUCGCUUCUGGGUUUGAUGUUACUGCUCAUUUAUUUGUGUACAAAUCUGACUUGAGCAGAGCUUUUCAAAAUACAUGUUAGAAUGAUCCAAUUAAAUUGAUCUCUCAGUGCGGGGAAAGAAAUGCUUGUAAUUAAAUUUCAUGCCUGUGUUAAUGUAGUGAGCUGGAAAAACAACUUCAUCUCCCUGGCCAAAAAAAUGGUGGUUAUGAAACCAUUGUUUGAUCAUUCUGUAUCACAGAUCAAUAAAAACAAUGUCUUUUGUGACAAACAUUGUAUAAAUGUUUGGCUUGAAGAAUGCUGUCAUUAUAAGCUUCAGUCUUGAAACGGCAAAGGUCUUGUUUUGUUGGCACCGUGCUGAAGGUAAGGCAGUCAAAGUGCAGUGUGGGUGAGAGGGAAGCUGCUACUUGUAAUGUUCAGCUUGAUCUGCAGUGGGGAAAACUGGAUUAAUAAUCUUUGUCAUUGUACUUUGUACACUGGUGGGCUGCCAGCAUCCAACUGCUGCUUGCACAGGGCUUGAUAAAAAUCACUGUGAAAGGGGCUUGUCUCUUGGGAGGAGAAGGGAGGAGCUGUUACAAUCAAAGGAUUUGAAUUUGAUUCUUCAUCUCUAGAUUGCUCCACCUUCUGCCAAGAAAAUACUGCUAUUUAUGGCUGUAUAUUCAGUCUCAAAGUUCUUUUCAGAUGUUCUUGUUGCCUCCACUUAAGGACCUUCUGUCUUGGGUUCUGCCCUCAAGUCUUGUAGAAUAGGAACCCUGAUGAGUGUUAAAGGCCACUUCCUUGUAAGAGACAAUGUUGAUGCUGCUCAGCCCACCAGUAUUAUUCUUCAAACAGCCUUGCCUAGUAGCUGUACCUCCUUCCCCUCUUGGAGCUGUGGAAGUGAGGAAGCAGCUGCAGGUACUUAAAGAAUGAGUGUGUAGAGGAUGUUUGCUGUUUGAGGCUUGUUUGUGGUUUCCUUAUCUUAAUACAAUGUUUUGAUACAACUGUCUGCUGCUUGCUGUCCUAGGCUCUUGAGAUACAGGCCAUGCUAAUACUUGAUUAAACAAAGCCAUUAAUUAUGUCCAGAUCUUUCCUGCUCAGAUAAUACUUGUUUUCAUAACAUACUUUUCCCAUUUUUAGAACUGUAUUUUCUGUACUGCUUCCCACUUAAGAUCAGAGGGAGGCAGAUGUGCCCAUGUUCAGAAGGCCAGUAUGUUCUGACUGCUUUCCUAGUGAGUUGCCCAUCUGUUGUCAUGCAUUUGUCUGGAAUUUUCAGGUCUCUGAAGAGGGUUCAAGCCAAGGGACAAUGUAGAUUAACGGCACCUUCAGGAGCCUUUGUAGCUAAGGUCUGAGAGUCAGUGUUCUCCAUUGUGAGCUCCUAUUUUUCAGGAGUUAGUAAGGUAGCCAUAAAAUCCUCACCCUGAAGUCUCUCAAAGGGAGACUUCUGCCACAGUUAAUCUGGUUUGCUUUAAAUAUUGACUAGAUGGCUGGGAUACAACUCUUGUAAUCCUAUUAGUUGCUGGUAAGCAGAAUUAAAGCAUGAGUUUGCAUGUCAGCCCAGGAAAUGGACUUGUAUUGUUUGAAUAUUUUCUAAAAAAAUACAUUAAAUGCUGGUAUUUGAUGGUUUAAGUGUUUCUGGUAUCAUGAAUGCUGUUCUGAUCUAUCAAAGGAGGCAAUAAUGCAGGUGUUGACACCUUUUCACUUCUCCAAAGGAGCAUCUUACAUGUUUUUGUACCAAGAUUCCAUUUUUGUAACUUCUAACUGUAAAAUAGCUAGUCCAGAAACUGUUAGACUGGUGACAGGGGUCUGGAUCAAACACUCCAAAGCAAGGGGCUUCAAUACCCUGCUUCAGUGUGCUCCAAGAAGAAAUGUCCUGCCAUGUUUUGUGUCUUUUUGGAUACAUCUCUCGCACACUGAGAUGGAGGUGUGAUGUGACACGGUGAAACUUGGUUUUGUGAUUGAUCAGACUCAAUGUGACUUGUACACUGUGAGCUGUCAGGGUUGCACCAGUGCUGUGGGUGGUGAGAGGUUCCUAGACAGUUUUCCAGAAUUUGGCAAUUCCAUGAAAACAUGAGAAACCAGUACAACUUCCACAUGCGGUUCAGUCUCUGCUAGUUCACAUUGCAUGUUUACUUUAAACCAAAUCUUUUUUGCUAAGCAUGGUGCUUGUAUUGGUUUAAAUAAAAUGUUUA